AGUGCUGAACCCCAAGGGAGAUCCAAAGGGCUAAUCGCUAUUCCUAACCCAUCUUCUCCUGCUGUACUGUCCAUGUAAUAUUCCGCAAUCCCAAAUUGUCACUCAUGACUUCACAGUUUGCUUAAGGGGUGAUGUUUAAAGUUUGGUUUUCCUUGUCCCCGUAGGCUUCCAAUCUCUUGCCAUCAACUCCCAAAAGCAAAAGCCCUUCCUAUGUACAAAAGAACUAGGGCCGUGUAAAGACCUUCAGAUUUAUUUCUUCAUUGCUACUCAAGUCAUCAAGUGAAAAUCGAAUGUUCCUCAUCUAAUACGGAAUAAGUCACCAAUUUUAUUGAAUUUCAGUGCCUGUCUAAGUUUCUAGUGAUUGGAUUAAGUGCAUCAGUUACUCUCAGUUUUGAAUUAUUCAGAGUCAAAAUAUGGCUUCGAUGCAGAAAAUAAGAGAAGGAAUUUUUAAGAUUUCAUGGAUGAAUCUAAUACCAUCCACACCUAGUAGCAAUGUGGAAGUUAUUUUGCCAGAAAUCGCUGAAUCGUGCAAACUGUCAUAUGAAUACAUUAAGCAGAACGGCCUUUAUCUAAAAGAAGUUGUUCUUGAGAUUGACAUUGUAUUUUCUCCAACAAAUAAGAAGCCCCGGAACCUCGACACUGUCACCAUUCUGGCCAGUAAAGAUGGUAAAAACCAAAUAAUGAAGUUUGAAAAUUCAAAAUGGAAAGCUGCCUUCAACAAUAACGUACAAGACCACCAGUGUCAUUGCGGAAAACUGUCUGGAUUCAAUCUCAACUUUGAAAUCGUAAUUGAUUUGACAUCUAAUUCCACGAUUUUGGUGAAGAAAGAAUCGAAGCAUGUCCUCGAUAACCUUUGGAAUUUUUGGAUGGAAAAAACUCUGGCUGACGUCACAUUCAAGUUUAAAGAACAAGUCAUCAAAGCUCAUACUUUGAUCGUCGCAUCCGGAAGUCCCGUCCUUUGCGCCAUGUUCCAAAAUGACUUCCAAGAAAAGUUGGAAAAAAUUGUGGAAAUCAAAGAUAUCCAGCUGAACGUUUUCGAUCAUCUUCUUCGCUACAUCUACACGGGGGAUGCUGACCUUGACAACGUAGAUGUUCCUGGACUGCUGGCGGCUUCCGAGAAAUACGGAAUGGAUUCUUUGAAAGAGGAGUGCGCAUUGCGUCUCUCGCAAGAUCUCAACGUUGAAAAUGCCGUACGAAAUCUCGUCUUGGCUCACCUUCACAAUUCCCCCAAACUGCAAAAAUCUACAUUGGAUUUAAUGUCGAGGAAUGCAAAAGCCAUUUGUUCCCGAAGAGACUGGAUGGAGCUAAUCAAGAAAUAUCCGGAGCUUAGCUUUGCGGCAAUGCAGAUGAUGGUGAAUUGGUGAUGGGCUGAUGGAGCUUAAUAACGUAUAAUCUU